CUGGGCAAGGGCGCACUGGUGUUCGGUCCCGGUGGGAGGGCCUGGAGUCAGGACCGCUACGGAGAGGUGCCCUCACGUCCCCCACCCAGCGCAGGCCGGGCUCUGACUGCACCAUGGCCCCUCCUGCUGGCCGCUUCUGGGUGGUGCCCCCUCAUCGCCUACUCCCCAGGCAGGUGCCCUUGGCCCCCUCACCCCGAGCCCGGAGAGGCCUGAGGCCCAGGGGAGCUCUGUACCCGAUGGGCUUUUGAAGGUAUGGGAUUAGAACACGGGGUACGGACCAGUGUUACCAGAGGACAGAGAGGAAGGUGGCUUCGGCGUCCAUGCCCCCCACCCUGGGCUGCCCCGGAGAGUGGGCUGACCACCGGACAACCUCACGUCCUCUCUGGCUACUGUAGUGCCUCCAGUCCCCCGUUCUCCGGCCUGGGCGUCGAGAGUACACAGCCCUGCCCGUUCGCCAGACCCCGGGCGCCACAGCCGGCGCUGGGCCCCGGAGCACGGUCUCCCUGCCCGGCCUCCUGCCCCCACCUCCUGCCAUCUGCCACCCCUCAGGCCCUGUCCGGAGCCCUCCUGGCAGGAUCCCCUGCACCGCCCCCCCACGGGCAAACCUCAGCCUGGCCCUACAGAGGCACCGAGGGCUGUGAGGCUCAGACGGGACGGGGAGCUUCUUGGCAGCCUUCCCGGAGGAGGGGACUGGGCGGGGGGGUAUGUGUGAGCAGAGAGCUGGGGGCAGACACCGCGGAAAGCCUGCCAGAACUUCUCCCCCUGCAUCCAAGUACCUGCUGCCUCCCCAGCAGGAAACGCCGCCGGGCAUGGGCGGGGCAGCUGGGCACAACCCCAUCCGAGCCUAGCUCAGUGGGCUUGGUCCCAGGCCAGCAGACAGCCACGCCAGCGCACUUGGGGGUCAUAAAUGCCGGACAGGAGAGGCCACCCCAGGUCCCCUGCUGAGAACCGUCCUCCAAGAUGCCACAGGCACUGCUCAUCGGCUCCGUCUUUGUCCUGCUCAGGCUGUCCCUAGGCCAGGGCCAGGUCCCCAUCCAGGCCAACUUCGAUGCCAGCCAGUUCCAGGGCACCUGGUACGUGGUCGGGGUGGCCUCAGACGACCAGGACUUCCUGAACUCCAAGGACGACACAAAGAUGCCCGUGGUCUUGGUGACCCCCUUGGACAACGGUGACCUGGCCCUCAAGUUCGGGUACCCUACGCCCGACGGCGGGUGCCAGGAGAUGCUCACGACCUUCACGAAGGGGGCUGCUGACGGGCAGUUCAGCGACGCGGCCAUGGCGCAGACUGACAUCCGGGUGGUGAGCACCGACUACAAGCACUUCGCCGUGCUCUACGUGGAGACCCAGAAGGCAGGCGUCAGGAGCGUCUGGCUGCAGCUCUAUGCCCGCGCCCCGGAGCUGUUUCCUGAAGGUGCCCAGAAAAUGCAGCAGCUGGCACCCCAAGUGGGCCUAAACCCCAGCCAGGGCGCCCUGCUGCCCCAGUCCGGUGAGUGCUGUCCCCGAGCCAGCUCAGGGCUGCAGGAGACUCAGACUGGGAGCACCACUCCCCCCUGGGACAAGCACCAGACCUAUCUGGGCCAGAAGAGGGCGGGCCAGUGCCCUGGCCAGUGGCCUCUCCGAAGGGGAUUGCAGGCAGGGAGGCUUGGCUCCUCGGGGGCGGUUGGGGGCCUCCCCCCCUGGGGAAGGGGCCUCUGGCUGGUUCCUCAGACCCCACUCUCUCCCACAGACCAGUGUGCUGGCGCCUUCUCCUAGGAAAGAGUCCUCCCGGGAGUGCCCGUUGGGGGCCAUGCUGUACAGGGCCUUCCCCCAGGAGCACACCGUUUCUGUCCGCCACCCAUCCCCCGCACAAUAAAUACUCUCCUAAAGCC